AUGGAAACAGAUGUUGUUAAAAACACUGCUCCUCAAACAUCCAUUGCAAGAAAGAGGAGAAAGCUUAUUCUUAAAGCAAAGAGGGAUUAUCGAAACCGUGUCAGAUCAAGCAACCUCACUUCCCAUUUAAAUCAUAAUUUUACAUCUUCUGUAACAUAUGAAACCACUAUUGAAACGGCUAUGGCUAGAAAGAGAAGGAAAAUAAUCUUGGAUAACAGAAAAAGAUUGAAAAAUUUGUUCAAUACUGAAGUUAGUAGGGUUCAAAAUAUGAACAACAUUGUUAUUCAAAGUCAGAACAUGGAUCAUGCAUCUACUUCAAAUUAUAAUAUGUCAAGUCAGUCCAUGGAUCAUCCAUCUACCUCAAAUCAUAAUGUGUCUGUUGAAUCUCAUUAUGAAGACAAUGAUGACUCCAACUCUGACAAUAAUUUAAAUUCUUCUAAUAGUUCCAGUUCUGACGAAGAUUCAGACCCGGCACAAUUACAGGAGGCCCAUCUUCAAGAAUAUUACGAUAUUGGCGACCAAAGUUAUGAAUGCGCACACUGCCAAGCAUGUAUGUGGUACCAAGAAAAAGUGAAUAGACACAAAAUUACAGCAACUCCUCGCUUUUAUCGUUGUUGCCGUGGAGGAAAAAUUGUUCUUCCGUUCCUUGAGCAACCUCCACAGGUGUUGCAAGAUCUUCUAUUUAAUAACACAUAUUCAGAUAGUAAAAACUACCAGGCUAACAUACGAACAUACAACGCAAUGUUCUCAUUCACUUCCCCUGGAAUGAAGUUCGACACAACAUAUUCUAAAAGAGGUGGACCCCCUACUUUGAGACUGCAGGGUCAGACCUGUCAUCGAAUUGGUACACUGCUGCCAGAAACAGGGCAACCUCCGCAAUAUGCUCAAUUAUACAUCUAUGACACGGACAAUGAAGUUGAACACAGAAUAAAAUCUUUUAGAAUGGCAAGGGAUGUUUUAAGGACAAAUUCUUUCACAGAUUUAAAACUCAGGCUUAUUUCUGAUAGAUCCGAAGAUGGCCGUGUUUACAACAAACCUACUGUCUCAGAAGUGGCUGCACUCAUUGUGGGAGACAUUGAUUCUGCUGAUAAAAGGGACAUCUUAAUUCAGCGCCGCAAUGGUGGUUUGCAACGAAUAGAUGAGUUUCACCCAGCAUAUUUGGCUUAUCAGUAUCCUCUUAUAUUUCCUUAUGGGGAAGAUGGUUACAGGAAAAAUAUAAUGCACAGAUAUCGCCAUGAAACUGAGGUCACUAAGAGAAACCGUCAAAGCAUUAAGGAUUGGUUUUCUUACCGGUUACAACAACGUCGCAAAGAGGCAAAAACACUACUUUACUCAAGACGCCUAUUUCAACAAUUCUUAGUCGACGGCUAUGCUAUGAUGGAAUCCGAACGACUGAAUUGGUUGAGAGAUAAUCAGUCGAAAUUAAGAGUGGGCAAAUAUAAUAAUUUGGCCGCUCAAACUGAUUGCGAUACAAGAAAUGAACACCAAAAGCGAGGAAAACGAGUUGUUCUGCCAUCAACAUUUGUUGGUAGCAAGAGAUAUAUGGAUCAAUUAUAUUUUGACGGUAUGGCCAUUUCAAGUCAAUUGGGAUUCCCUGAUUUAUUUGUUACUUUUACCUGCAACCCAAAUUGGCCUGAAAUUAAAAGAGCACUGUCAGGCACAGGUCUACAACCCCAUGAUAGGCCAGAUAUCAUUUCAAAAGUUUUCAAAAUAAAGUUUGAUACCCUCAUGGAUGAUAUUACAAAACACCAUGUCGUGGGAAAAGUGAUUGCAUAUAUGUACACCAUCGAAUUCCAAAAGCGCGGAUUGCCACAUGCUCACAUCUUGAUAUUCCUACACCCUAAGAGCAAAUACCCAACACCAUCCGACAUAGACAAGAUCAUUUCUGCUGAAAUUCCCGACCCGACUGUUCAUCCCAAUUUAUACAAAUUGGUUAGGGCACAUAUGAUGCAUGGACCCUGUGGGCUUGCUCGCGUGACCUCACAAUGUAUGAAGAAUGGACGAUGUUCUAAAUACUACCCCAAAAAGUUUAUUGAAGACACUAUUGUUGAUGCAGAGGGAUAUCCGCUGUAUAGGAGAAGAUCAAAAACCUUCACUAUUGAAAAAAAUGGUAUCACCUUGGACAACAGACAUGUGGUUCCAUAUAAUACCAGAUUUCUUAUGAAAUACCAGGCACAUAUAAACAUGGAAUGGUGUAAUCAGAGUACUUCAAUAAAAUAUCUUUUCAAAUAUAUCAAUAAAGGCUAUGACAGAAUAACAGCAGCAGUUUCAACAAAUAGCAAUCAACCUGUUGAUGAGAUCCAACAAUAUCUCGACUGCAGGUAUGUCUCACCCAGUGAAGCAUGCUGGCGCAUUUACUCUUACAAUAUUCAUGGCAGAAAACCAGCUGUGGAACGUAUGUUCUAUCAUUUGGUUGGGGAGAAACCUAUAUACUAUACAGAUUAUGCACGCAUGGAAAAUGUGCUGGAAACUGCAAGUGUGACUGAAUCAAUGUUUACUGCAUGGCUGGUAGCAAAUGCUAAAUAUGAAGAGGCACAAACAUUAACUUAUGGUCAGUUUGUCUCAAAGUUUGUUUACCACAAAAAAAAGAGAGAAUGGAAACCGCGGAAAAAAGGCUUCACCAUUGGACGUCUCAUAUGGGUUCCGCCAACAACUGGUGAACUGUUUUACCUGCGCAUGAUGUUGACGGUGGCAAAAGGACCAACAACAUAUGAGGAAAUCAGGACCGUGGAUAACAUUCAGUAUGAUACAUUCAGAGAUGCAUGCUUUGCAAUGGGAUUUCUUGAAGACGACAAAGAAUACAUAGCUGCUAUAAAGGAGGCAAGUCAUUGGGGGACUGGUCAUUUUCUUCGAAAACUGUUUGUUAUCAUGCUUUUGUCUGGUGCUGUUAAUCGCCCUGCACAUGUUUGGGAACAAACUUGGCUCCUAUUAUCUGAUGGUGUCUUGCAUACACAAAGAGCAUUGGCUGCUAAUCCAGAAUUGGACCUCACACAAGAAGAGUUGCAAAAUUUGACUUUAAUAGAAAUUGAGAAACUGCUUCAGGCAAAUAGAAGGACACUAAAGGAUUUUAGUCCUAUUCCAUAUCCGGAUGCUUAUGUUCUUGAACAGUUGGGAAACAGGCUCAUAUAUGAUGAGCGUAAUUAUGAUACAGCAUCAAUGAACUCAGAAUUUGAAAAUCUGUUUGCUGCUCUUACAGAUGAGCAAAGAAGUAUUUAUGAAAAAAUCAUCCACGCUGUGGAGUCUCAAAAACCUGCGGUUUUCUUCCUUCAUGGUUAUGGUGGUACCGGAAAAACAUAUAUGUGGAGAACACUCGCAGCUGCAUUAAGAUCAAAACACGAUAUAUGUUUAACUGUUGCAACUAGCGGUAUAGCAUCAUUGUUACUUCCAGGAGGUAGAACUGCCCAUUCAAAGUUCAGGAUACCGGUACCAACUAUGGAUAAUUCUACUUGCAAGGUUGAAUUCAAUGAUGAUGUCGCAGACAUGUUACGACAGACAAAGCUUAUAAUAUGGGAUGAGGCACCAAUGGCGCAUAAGUAUGCAAUAGAAUCGCUUGACAGAACUUUGAAAGAUGUUAUGAGUGCAGACAAAAAUUCAACUGAUGUAUUCGGUGGAAAGGUUGUUGUUUUCGGGGGUGAUUUCAGACAGAUUUUACCUGUCGUCCCCAGAGGCAGUCGUUCCGAUAUUGUACACUGUGCCAUAAAUGCAUCUUACAUAUGGCAUUCAGUUGAGGUAUUAACAUUGACAAGAAACAUGCGGCUACGAACAGGAUCGACACAGACUGACAAAAAUGAGAUAGCACAGUUUUCAGAUUGGCUUUUAAGAAUAGGAGAGGGCCGAAUAUCUGAGCCUAAUGACGGCACCGCCGAAAUCAACAUACCACCUGAUAUUCUGAUAACAGAAUUUGAUGAUCCAAUCGUGGCCAUUGUCAAUAGCACAUACCCUGAUUUCAUAAAUAAUUUCCAAUGUGUAGAUUACCUUAAAAGUCGAGCGAUACUUGCCUCUACACUGCAGAUUGUUGAUCAGAUCAAUGACCAUAUACUUAGCUUGAUGCCAGGAGAGAUUCGUGACUACUACAGCGCAAAUUCAGUUGACAAGUCUGAGAUUCAUGACCCAGCAGUAGUUGAUAUCCUCACACCAGAAUUUCUAAGUUCCCUCCGAACAUCAGGAUUGCCAAACCAUCACUUAAAACUAAAGGUUGGGACACCUAUAAUGCUCAUGAGAAAUAUAGAUCAGGCUGAAGGUUUAUGUAACGGCACAAGGCUGUGUAUAACAAAGAUGGCAGCCCAUGUACUGGAGGCUUCAAUAAUGGGUGGUAAAGGUAUGGGAAAUUUGGUUUACAUACCUCGAAUGGACAUGUCACCAUCCCAAUCACCAUGGCCAUUCAAACUGAAUAGGAGACAGUUCCCUAUUAUAGUUUCCUAUUCUAUGACAAUUAACAAAUCACAGGGACAGUCCUUGGAUAACGUUGGUUUGUACUUACCGAAAGAUGUAUUCACACAUGGCCAGAUCUAUGUCGCAUUGUCAAGAGUAACAACAAAAAAGGGAAUCAAAAUACUGAUACAUGAUGAAGAAAAGAAAUUCAGAGAGAAAACUACAAAUGUUGUCUAUAAAGAAGUAUUUAACAAUGUCUAA